CCAGCCUCACUUUAACACUCGUGUUUCUCUGGCCGCCAUCGCGAUACUCUCUCGGCUCGGUAGCUGACGGGUCUUUACGUAGCUCUUGCUUCGAGGCCGGUUUCGAUCACUUAGACAAUGGCAUCAGAUGAAGGAAAACUCUUCAUUGGAGGACUCAGUUUUGACACCAAUGAACAAAAUUUGGAGCAAUUGUUCUCACCCUAUGGCGACAUUGCAGAAGUGGUUGUGGUGAAAGACAGGGAGACCCAGCGGUCCAGGGGAUUUGGUUUUAUUACCUAUUGCCGUCCUGAAGAUGCCAAGGAUGCCAUGCGAGCUAUGAAUGGAGAGUCUGUGGAUGGGCGUCAGAUCAGAGUUGACCAGGCUGGAAAAUCCUCCCGUGGCUCUUCUGGAGGCAGAGGGCGUGGACGUGGAUUCUCUAGAGGAGGUGGUGGAUAUGGAGGUGGCCGUUAUGACAACAGAAGCGGUGGAUAUGGUGGAUCCAGAGACUAUUAUGGCAGCAGGAAUCAGGGAGGCUAUGGGGACCGUUACUCUGGAAGCUCCUACAGAGACAAUUAUGAUAAUUAGGUGGAAGGGGCACCUCUGGAUCCUGGAAGAGAGUUUACCUCAAGGCUGGAGUUGAAAACAGACUUUCUCUUUGGGUACCUCUCUGGAGCUUCUGUCUUGUGCGUAUGUUGAUGUGGUCAUUCGCAGACUUGAAUAUUAGAGGGUCAAGUCAGCCAAUGUAAUAGGUUUUGGGGAGGGGAGUACUAAUUCCCUGACAUAAGUUACUAUAUGUAGCCACACAAAGCCCUUCUCAGCCAAGGCAGGCUAUGGGUCUUUGGUUAUGUUGAUCUAACAGUUAAUUGAUGAAGCAACAAAAAGGCAUCCUGACUAAUAAGACAAGGCUCGUGAAAUUUGGAAUAUAAUUUUUUAAGAUGGGACACUCUUUAUUAAAAUAUUUGCUGUGGCUUCUAAAAGGUUUUCCUUCAAAAAUCUAAUUUUACUAUUUGUAGAGAUCAUCAGAACAAAUGUGAGGGUUGUGAUAAAAAGUGGUAUUUAUCUCAUUUUCCAAGCAACAAAUGUUAAUGAAAUGCUUUGCCACAGCAUCAGCUCAAAUAAUUGCUCCCAAUUCAUCCUCCUAAGAGGUAUCCUUCAGUCCCAUCCCAUCCCUUAUAAAUACCGCUCAUUGGAAUGACCUCUGGAGCAAAACAUGGUAACAGCUGCUCUGCUGCUACUUUUAGGCCACAUUUUGUGUCCUGUGGCUUUAAAUAUGGCAAGUGGGCUAUACGUGGCCUGCAGCUCCCCGCACCACCCCAGAUAUUGGGAAAUUCAGACAAGCAAAAGCUUUUAACCCUUUAUUUUAAAAAUCCACAAAAGAACAACAACAAAAAAAGGAUAAACAUCUCUGCCCUCAAACCCUUGGGGAUAAUGCCAUGCCACCUGUAGUCCUCAAAGACUUUUUUUAAAAGAACAAUCCCCAGCAACAACAACAAAAUCCCUCCCUGCCUUAUAUUUCAUUGCAUUUUUUUUCCCCUGCAAUGUCUGCCAAAGUUGUUUUCACUCUGAUUUUGUAGAUUCUUGACCAGAAGCCAUCAUACUGUUUGCAACCAAGUGAUAUGCCCACAAAGCAAAAGAGGAAAGUUCUUUUGGUCUUAAUACCAAGAACUACUUUUAAAAAUAAUAACAGUUCCCUUCUUCCACUUAACAAGUUUUGGAUAGGUGGCUAAAGUAGGAAUUCUUAAGAAUAUUUUUCCCUAUUAUUCAGGAGUCAGAAUUUCAUUGAAAAUGUUGGUGCAUUACUUGCUCUGCUCAUCAUAGGCUGAUCUAUAGGCCUCACCAGUAGGGUCUUAAAAAAUCAGAAUUGUAUCAGCUGGAAAAAUAGGAUCAGCAAACACAGAAGACAAAUUUAAGUAUUUUAUAUUUCAGGCAUUAAAAUCCCUUCAGUCAAGCUGGUGUUGCUUGAAGCAGAGUAGUUUCCCAUUUCUGGUGCCAAUUUUAUUUUAUUUUAUUCAUUCAAUUUAUAUAGCCGCCCAGAGUCACUGGUUUGAGAUGGGCAGCUAUAUAAAUUGAAUGAAUGAAUGAAUAAUUGGCACCAGAAGGAACAUAUGUGUGGGGUGGGCAUUUUCUUUAGCGUGGAAGCAGAAAAGAUACAGGUUACAUUCCCUCUAUAUUGCCAUUCUGGUUACUUUAAUUAUCAGCUAUCCAACUAAGGUAAUUGCUUUUUUUUUUUCAGUUGUGGGAAACUGCCUGUUUUAGGUUAGUUGCAAAGGUGUUCUUAACCCCAAGUGUAGCUUAAUUCUGAGUCUAGACUAUGAUUUUUUUUUUUUACGGCCUGUUGAGAAUUAUUAUAUGAUG